AUGGCCGUCCAAGUUGGAAAGCCCGCGCCUGCAUUCAACUGCACAGCUGUCGUCGACGGCAAAUUGAAGAAUGUCUCCUUGGAAGGCUACACCGCGGCAAACCACUGGGUCAUUCUGGUCUUCUUCCCAAAAGCCUGGUCAUUCAUAUGCCCGACAGAAAUCCGAGCCUUCAGCUCACGCCUUGAAGAAUUCCUCUAUGCUCGUUCCUGUGCCGUCAUCUUUGCUAGCACCGACAACGAGCACUGCCUCAAAGCAUGGAACUCUACUUCCGAAAUGGAAGGCGGACUCGGAGGUGUCCACGUUCCACUCAUCUCCGACUGCAAUCACAAACUAAGCAGAGACUAUCAAGUCCUCAUCGAAGAAGAAGGCAUCGCCCAGCGAGCCUUGUUCAUCAUCGACCCCAAAGGCCGCAUUCGCAACAUCACAAUCAACGACACCGAUGUCGGCAGAAGUGUAGAUGAAGCCCAACGUAUACUCGAUGCUUUAGUCUUCAAAGACGAAUUCGGCGAGGGCUGCCCAGUCGACUGGAAGAAAGGUGAUAAAGGUCUCGACUAUAAAGCCGAAACUACCAUCGAAGGGGCUGUCGAAGUGAACAAGAAGUCUUGGUCCGAGUGGGCAAGACCAAAGCUCCAACGUGCUUGGUCUGGAACCAGCGGAAUUUCGACGCUCUCGACUGGCACUCCACCUACGAGCCGCCCUACCUAUGAUCGAUCGAUUAGUCACUCCGGUACCCAUAGCCCACUUUACAGUCCUGGAGCACGUGGAUCUCAUGUCAGUUUGGGUACGCAGAUGGAGGAAGCAUUGAUGCAGCAGAGGAUGGAGAAUUUGAAUGCUGCGAUGCAGAAUCAGAGUGUUGGGAUGGCGGUGUAG